AAUGUGGGAACUGUGGUGAAGUUUCUGAAAAAUGGCAGUAUCUGCGAUUGAUGGACAGUGCUCCCCUGAAAGGAGGCAGAGGAAGUGCCACUAUGGUGCAGAAAUGCAAGCUGUGCUCCAGGGAGAACUCCAUUGUUCACAACAGGUACAUACUUGUCAUCAUGCUCAUGAAGGAGACAGCAAGACCUCUGGAUAUUUUAAGUCAGACAAUCAAACCUUACAAUGCUGAAGACAGCGAGAAAUUCAAAACGAUAGUGGUUUGCCGAGGUCUGGAACCCGUUGACUUUCAGCCACAGGCAGGGUUUGCCGCUGAAGGUGCAGAAUCUGGCACACCUUUCAAUGACAUAAACUUGUUAGAAAAGGACUGGAAUGACUAUGAUGAAAAAACAAAGGAAUCUGUUGGAAUCUAUGAAGUUACCCAUAAAUUUGUAAAAUGCUAAAGUUCAUACCCCUAAUAAAUGUUUACAUGCUUAUUGAUGAAGGGGCUGUAACCGUCAGAGAUGCAGUUUCCUCGGAGUUACUUUUCACAUGGCUGUACUUCAGAAGUGGAAACCUAAGUUGUACUUACUGUUCCCAGGACGAACUAAUAAAAUAUUUUCCACAGAGCA